AUGUUCGGAGGGGGAGGAGGCGGCCUAUUUGGGCAACAGCAGAGCUCGCAAGCCGGCGGACUCUUUGGUGGUGGCGGCCAGCCCGCAGGAGGCGGCUUGUUCGGCGCUCAGCNNNNCAACAGAGUGGUAGUACCUCUCGAGAUGGUGCAGGGGGAUGCUCUGGUCUCAGGUGGUGGAGGACUAUUUGGUGGUGGCGGCAUGCAGCAGCAGCAGCAGAGUCAGGGUGGCCUCUUCGGCCAGAAACCUGCUGGAGGCCUAUUCGGCCAGCCUCAGCAGAACACUGGAGGUGGUCUAUUCGGGGGUGCAGGAGGUGGAGGUGGCCUCUUCGGUGGGGGUCAACAGAGUUCGAGUCAAGGCGGCCUUUUCGGUGGUGGAGGUGGUGGCCUCUUCGGCCAACAGCAGUCAUCAUCUCAGGGAGGGCUCUUCGGUGGGGGCGGUGGUGGAGGUGGCCUCUUUGGUGGUCAGCAGCAAAGUAGCCAAGGCGGGGGCCUCUUCGGAGGAGGAGGCGGUGGAGGCUUGUUCGGCCAGCAGCAGUCCUCACAGGGUGGAGGCCUCUUCGGUCAGCAGCAGUCGAGUCAGGGCGGUGGACUCUUUGGCGGCGGCGGGGGUGGUCUCUUUGGAGGCGCCCAGCAAUCUUCUGGUGGAGGUCUAUUCGGAGGUGCUCAGUCUAGUGCCGGUGGGGGCCUCUUCGGUUCUUCGCCCAAUACUGGAGGCGGCCUCUUUGGCGGUGGCCAACAGUCUUCCGGUGGUGGCCUCUUCGGUGGUGGCCAGCAGGCAGGUGGCGGUGGUCUCUUCGGCGGCGGAGGAGGACAGUCCGCUGGUGGCGGUCUCUUCGGUACCGCCCAGAGUAGCAGUGGCGGUGGCCUCUUCGGUGGCGGAGGGGGUGGAGGCCUAUUUGGUGGUGGACAGUCCACUGGUGGUGGUCUCUUUGGUGGAGGCCAACAGUCAUCCUCGGGCGGCGGUCUUUUCGGCGGUGGAGGGGGCCUCUUUGGUGGGCAGCAGAGUAGUAGUGGUGGAGGUCUCUUUGGAGGGGGAGGAGGCGGUGGGCUCUUCGGCAAUAAACCGGCCUCUGGGGGCGGCCUCUUCGGAAAUACGGCGGCAUCGGGCGGGGGCUUGUUCGGACAGUCUUCUAGCGGUGGGGGUCUCUUCGGAGGCGGCGGUGGUGGUGGAGGGCUCUUCGGCAGCUCCGCUUCGUCCUCUGGUGGCGGCCUCUUCGGUGGAGGAGGUGGUGGAGGUCUAUUCGGUGCCAAUAAGGCUACUGGUGGUGGUCUCUUUGGGUCCUCCCAGCCCCAAGGGGGAGGUGGUUUAUUCGGAGGAGGCCAGCAACAACAGCAGGCCAGCAUCCAGCCACUGUCUACACCAGCGGCUCUGCCUGUCCCCCCUCGUCCCAGUGGGUUGCUGCUACCCAAGGAGGUCGACAAGAGCCUAGCAGCUUACCUCUGGAAGGAGGAACCUAGGAGUCAUGUCACUCCACCACCCCCUACGACCAGCGGUGGUAGUCCCCAGACCCCAGUGUCGUCGUCGAGAUCCCCUGGUCUUUCCCCUCGCAGUGACAGAUUCUCGAUUCCUGGUCCAGCUCUUGGUGGUGUCCCCCUGUCCCCUGUGAAUCCAUCUUCAAUGAGGCACCUCCACGUCCGAGGUGGCGGCAAUGCUUCCUCCCCCAGUCCGGAUCAUGUGCUGACCCCACGGAGUGCCAUGACCCCUAGGGCGGCCACAGGCCGGGCAACCAGCACCAUCAGUGGUGGAGGCAGCACCAACCUACUGCUGGAGGACGGUACGGUGCCCUUGCGAAACCCUGAUGCUGUUGGAUCUAGUUUCGUGGCGUUGGCUGAGUGA